AUGAUGGAAUUAGCAUUUGAUAUUGGUGCCGAGAGAAGCAAAAGAGAGACUGCAAUGAGUAAUCUUGUAGUGUUAGCUAGAGAAAAGGCAGGAGCCGAUGUAAUGUUCCGUGAGAAUAUAGCUACUCGUGUCGAGGAUUCAAAGCCAGAUCAACAAUUAGUUGAAGAUAAUAAGAAUGAAAUUGAUACAAUUCUUACAUGCUUGGUUUAUGCAACAACAGAUCGUACAAUUACUGGCGAAGCUCGUGAUGCUGUUGUAGAAUUAUUGAUCAGAAAUGCUCAUCAUCAAACACUUAAUUGGGCUGAACGUCUUAUCGAGCAAAAGGGUCUUUAUCGUUUGAUGGAAAUUUGUAGUGAAUUAGAGGAAUAUAAAUAUGAGAGUGCAAUGCCAAUAACACCAUCGUCUAGAACCAUCGCUUCCGUUUGUUUAGCAAGAAUUUAUGAAAACAUGUACUAUGAUGAAGCUCGACAACGAUUCAUUGCUCACAUUGAUGAAUAUAUAAGGGAUAAGCUUUUAAAUCCAGAAUUUGAAUCAAAAGUUCGUGUUGUAGUCGCUUUAACAUCAUUUCUUCUUGGUCCAUUAGAUGUUGGCAAUACAAUUUUUGCACGUGAUGGAAUCAUGCAAAUGAUUUUAGCAAUGGCAAGUGAUGAUGAAUUGUUACAUCAAAAAAAAUUAUAUCAUUCAAAAGAUGAAGGAAUUCGAGUAAAAGCAGUAGUUGGAUUAUGUAAAUUAGGUAGCUCUGGUGGCCUUGAUGCAUCUAUUCGUCCAUUUGCUGAUGGAUCAACUGUUAAACUAGCUGAAGCAUGUCGUCGUUUUCUCAUUAAACCUGGUAAAGAUAAGGAUAUUCGUAAAUUUGCAGCUGAAGGAUUGUCAUUCCUUACACUUGAUGCUGAUGUUAAAGAGAAAUUAAUUGAUGAUAAAUUGGCUAUUCAAGCACUCAUUGAACUAGCUAAAACUGGAGAUCAAUCUGUCAUUUAUGGUGUUGUUACUACACUUGUAAAUCUUGUCAAUGCUUAUGAAAAGCAGGAAAUGCUUCCUGAACUUAUGGAACUUGCUAAAUUCGCAAAACAUCAUGUUCCAGAAGAAUCAGAACUCGAUGAUCCAGAUUUUGUAGCCAAACGUAUUAAUACAUUGGCAGAAGAAGGUAUUACUGUCGCCUUAGUUGCUCUAUCAAAAACUGAGAGUGACAAUGCCAAAGAAAUGAUUGCGAGAGUUUUUAAUGCAAUUUGCUCCAAAACUAGUGUUAGGGGAAAGAUUGUUCAACAAGGUGGUGCUCGUGUCUUAAUUCAGCUUGCAUUAAAAGGUACUGAAAAGGGCAAACGAAAUGCUGGUCAGGCUUUGUCACGUUUAGGUAUCACUAUCAAUCCCGAACAAGCAUUUCCUGGACAACGAUCAUUAGAAGUUGUUAGACCAUUACUUAAUCAACUUCAUCCAGACUAUAGUGCACUCGAGAAUUUUGAAGCACUUUUGGCACUUUGUAAUUUAGCUCAAAUGAAUGAUUCAGUUCGCAAUCGCAUAAUGAAAGAGAAAGGAAUGUCACGUAUUGAAAUGUUCUUAAUGGAAGAUCACAUUUUGUUGACUAGAGCUGCCACACAAGUAAUUUGCAACAUGGUUUUGAAUGAGGAUUAUAUAAAAUGGCAUGAAGGAGACAAUGAUCGCGUAAAAUUCUUAGCACUGUUGUGCGAGGAGGAAGAUGAAGAAACAGCUUUAGCAUGUAGUGGUGCAUUAGCAAUUCUGACAUCUAAUAGUGCAAAAUGUUGUGAGAAAAUGAUAACUCCAUCGUCAUGGCUUGAAAUUUUGCAUACGUUAAUAGCGAAUCCAAGCCCUGAUGUACAGUUUAGAGGAAUUGUCAUAAUUCACAACAUGAUUCGACAGAGUAAAACAGUUGCUGAGAAAAUAUUCGAUACUGAUGUUUUGCAGCUUUUAAUGGGUGUCACUCAGCUUAACGACGAGAAAAGAUCAAAGGCAAUUGAAGAAGCCAAAUUAUGCCUAAAGACAGCAGAAGAUAUGAAAUUAAUUCAAGAAAAGAAAGAUGAUGCAAAUGAUAUGAUGCCAGAUGUCUUUCAACAGCCUCAAAAUGAAGAUUUAGAAGAAGAAAACGAGUGAAUGCCUAAAUAUGUGCCUUUAGUUUGUUGUUUUUUAUCAAACAUUUUUAAUGAAACUUUACAGCUAAAACUUUUUGUAUUUCUUGACCAUUUUGUACUUAAUUGAUUUUCUAAAUUGCAUUUUAGACAUCAAAUUUAUUUAAAUAAAGUUUUUUCUUUGAAGAAUUAAUAGU